UUGAGUUGAGCUUAUGAUAACCGAACCAUCAAUUUGAUUUUGGAAUAUUUCCAGUAGAUUCAAUUAUAUAAUGGACCUUAGUUUAAUUCAAUCAUUAACGGAUGAUGAAUUAAGGGAUCAUCUUUUAGAAAAUGGUAUACAAGCUGGUCCCAUAGUUGCUUCAACACGUACUUUUUAUGAGAAUAAAUUAAUCAAAAUUUUAAAUCAAAAUGGGGGCCAAAUUUAUCCAGAUCUUGAUAAUCAUUUAGAUACAGAUGAUCAAAUUGAAGAUAGUACCAGUGGUUAUAAAUUAGAUGAGAGUGUUUUAAAUAAGGGAAACGAUGAAUUAUAUAAUCAAGGUUCUAAUGCUUCUAAUUGGAGCUCCGAUGAUAUGAGAAGAAGACCAAUUCGAGAUUUUGACAAUUUCGAAUACGAAUCUCCAUAUUUAAAGAAGCGCUUUGAAAUCAAACCAAAUGACGAUACUGAUUAUUUGUACACGAAAUAUGAUAUCAAAACCUCGAAAGUACAAGAUUUGCAGAGCGGAGGAGACCAACGUUUUAUGAUCGGUCGACCGCCACAAAGGGACACGAUUAAGAGCAGUAGCAAUAAAAAAUAUAUAUUCGCUAUCGUAAUAAUCACCCUUCUCUUCAUAAUUUUUCUAACAUUUCCCUCGUCAGUUAAUUGGCAUGAUGAAGAUAAUCCUAUACCAUCUAUGGAUACUUAAUUACAUUUCAAACUAUUUUUCCCUAUCAAUAAGUAUUGGAAUAAAUAUUUUUAAAAAAUAUAAUAAAUGCUGGCGAUUAUGAAUUUGUAUUAUUAAUAAAAAUUAUA